AUGUCUGGGAGAAACAAAGCAAAUGGCAGCGGUGGUGCUGGAAGAGUAAAACGCAAGCAGAUCCAAAGCGACGAUGGAUGGACAGUCAUCACGCAUGGUCUAUCCAAAGUCUCGCUGAGCGAGAAGAGCCAAGGUGCUACGGUUCUACCUACCCAAAUCGUCAAGGAUCUGACAGCCGAGAAGUUGCUCGGCGAUUUCAAGACGCUGCAGGAGCGAUGGGAAGAUACGGCGCUUGCAGCUCAGGUUAACGGGGUUAUCGAGGGGCGAGAGUGGGGGGUCGAAGAAGCAGUGUGUAUAGGUAUUGGCAGUUUUAGCAGGGAUUGGGCGCAUCGGUGGAGGAGUCUUUGGCAGCUUGUACUGUUUGAUCAUGUUGUUGGACGACUCAAAAAACUCAGCAAGAAGACUGAGAUCCAGUGCUAUGCUCAAGACCCGGCUUUUACACCUCUCGACACGGAAUUCCUCUCUCUCCUCUCUAUCACUACUCUGGAUUCCGGACUCGAAGCGAAAAUCAAGGCAAAGUCGUUCGUCUAUUCGCCGUUUGUGGAUUGGUUUUUGCUGCUUCCCACGUUUCUGGCUGAUAGAGAUCCCGUGCUGUAUAUUGGAAAUGAGAUUCUGGAUGAUUACAGCAUGUAUGCGCAGAGCGAGGAGAAGAAAGAGAAGUUACAGGAGUGUAACGAGGUGGGGAAGAAAUGGUUGGUGGGUAGGCAGGUGGUCAAGUUGUGUGAGUUUGAGAAGCACGGGAAUGCGUUGAAUGGGAUGGUUGUUUAUUUGAGAGUUACUGGGGAUGACGAUAAGGAUGGUGUUGAAGAUAAGGAGGAGAGAGUGAAGGAUGGUGAGGAAGAGAAGUAG